AUGGCUUCCAAUACGAAGACAUUUGUCGAAUCCUACCACAUCAAUGUCGGACUAGGCGACAGUGCCAUCCAUGUUCUGGCGACAGAGGGCAACGGGUCCCAAAACCCAAACCUCGUAGCCGCUGUCUUGGUAGACGGCGGACUGGCUCGAGACGCAGCUGCGCAGAACAUAUCCGCCACGAUCGAGGACAUCGAAAAAAGGUAUAAUAUCAAAUUGCUGAAGUUCCGUUCCGUCGUCGUGACGCACUGGGAUGCGGAUCAUUGGAAGGGCAUCAACAAGCUGCUCGAGAGCGAAUAUCCAAAACGCUUUGAUAAAGGUGGCCUAUACAACCGCUUUUUCCAUGACACAGCGGUUAAAACGACCGUGUAUGCUCCGAGCCGGUGGACCGGGUCGAAGGCACAGGACGACACUGGAAAGCCGAAUAAGAAGAUGAAGUCAGCCGAACAUGGUAUAACCAUCAAAGAAGAUGGCAAGGGCUUCUGCUUUUCGUUCCGUGACGUGUCACAAGCAAAGGCGAUAGUGGGCUCCAGCGUCAUCGGAUACGACUUUUUCACCAACACGAAGCCGUCUAAGAACCAGAAGUACUCUGAGCUCAAAACCUUCAAGGACCUGAUAGGUCCCAACGCACCCAUAGUGGGAAUGUACUGUGUGGCUAGCGAUCUCGAGGUCAUCGGGCUCAAGAAGCGACCGAAUAGAAGGAACAUGAAUCUGGAAAGCAGUCUAUUCAACCAGCUGCCCACUAAGACGAACCAACAGUCUAUAGCCGCCAUUAUCCUCUGGGACAACAUGCACGUUUCCCACUUCUUUGCUGGCGAUCUUGACUUUUGGGGAGAGAAUCUACUUGCCGAGUGGCUUGAAGAGAACCUUAAGUCUAACAAAGAUGGACCCAAUAUCAACUGCCUCAAGUCAAGUCACCACGGCGCUCGCAACUCAAACCCUCCCAAGUUGUUCAUGAUUAAAACUUCGCAAAGUCCUUGCAUUGCUACCUGCUAUCCUUAUUGGCUGAAAGACAUUCACGGCCUGGAAGGGCUGGGUGAGAACAAGAUCAACGUGGACGCUUUUCUUCCGCCAGAGGAGCUGAAGAAGCUCUCUGCGGAACGCCGGAAGCAUGCGAAUCGAUUUAUAAAUAUGGUUGAGACGCUCUUCAAAUCCGUACCAAGCGAUGACAAUAUAUACAACAUGAUCUUCCAAAGCUGCGUGAGAGAUAAUGCCUCUGACAACGAGAGCAUAUUUGAACAAAUCGCCCUCAACAUUGGCGAGCGGCUCGGCAAUCUCUUUCAGGACCUCUGGCAGUGGGACCUGGAUGGGGCGAUCACCUCUGAAGUCGUGUACCUCGUGUUGAAAUCGACUAAUAACAUUAACGAUGACGAAGGGCGAUAUAGGACAAAAAACAAGCCGUCUGACAAGAAAGAUCGGAUAGAUCAGGUCGUCUUCGAUGAGGUGAUAGACGGGUUUGGAGAAAAGGAGCCACCAAUCAACACCAAAAAGUCGAACAAGGAGACCAAGAUGUUCCAGAUGUGCCAUGUUUUUCUACAAGAAUACGACGAGUUUAGAACAGUGAAAAAUUCUAUGAAGCAAAAGAAGAUUGAAAGUCACGUCGAACAGACGUCACCCCUGGGAAAAAGGUCGCUGGAGUCAUCCAAGUCCCAUGACAAGAAGCCCAAGCCCAAGAAUUCCAAGAAAGAUGGCCUGCACCAACUCUUCAUGCAGAGCUUCCAGGUCCCUCUACUCGGCGCUCCGGUGGCCAUUCAAGCGAAUAACUCCUCUCAGUCCACCCAAUACUCUUACAGCAUCUUAAGCAGCUCCUAUGCCUCAUCAGCAGCGACUAGGGCUGAGUUCCUCGAUUAUACCGUUCUGGAGGUUGAUGAUUGGCUCGAUGAUUUCCUUUUGUCAAUGAAACCAAGUAUCAUGAGACUUAGUUCAAGCCUUGAUGAAGAAUGGGUGCUCCUACACGAGGAUGAUUACCUGGGGAAGUGGAUCCGUACCGGCCUGGGCGGAUCUCAAAUGGCCGUCAAAGGCGACGGCCCUGAGUUCCGCAUCAUCAUGCCCAAUGGCCUCAUCUUCAACACCGGAGAGGCAGCUAAGGCGUUGGGGACGGAUGCCAAAAUGUCGAGCGACGGCCUCUCACCAUGGACUCGAAGCGGCACCAUGGUCUUUGGUCUUGACCGUCUUAAGAGUGUGCCGAAAGCCAGUAGCUGGAGCAUCAGUGACAUACUAUCUCUAUUUUCAACCGACACUAGCUCCAAAAUGAACCCUCUAGAGCUUAUUUCGCCUAUUGUAGUUGAUAACCUACUCGGGAUGAGAUGGACACUAGAUCUUGCCACGUCAGAAGGGAGACGCAACGCCAUCUGGGUUACACCUAUUACGAGCUACCGCACAAUCCUGCGCCUCGCCUUCAUCCCAGUCAAGGAUAGCAGUCAAUCUCCCCUCCGCAACUUCUUAGACCAGUUCUUUCCUCCAGCAGAUGAAGAAGAUGAUGCUGUGCUUGACAUUUCGGAUAUCCAGCUCAUCUUCCGCAAAGUGUGCUUAAAAAAGGAGAAAAAGGGACAGCGCACAACACUGGCCAGUAUGCAGUUCCUCACUCUAUCCGCAGUCAUAACACUGUUUGGCCCUAAACCAGAAGAUCCUGCAAAGCCUAGAGCAAAGGUCACACCGAACAUCAGCAUCGAGCUCGCCAGCACUGGUGCCCUCGAACUCACCAUCAGGACUACACAGAGCGAUGACAGUUUUACCGCUGUUGUGAGCGGUUGGCUGUCAAGGCUAUUUCCUGGCUGCGAUACCAAGUUUGACACGCUCAGUGAACAGAAUAUUAGCAAAAAUAUCUGGUUUCGCAGACUGACUAUUGCGCUGAAUCCUGAUAAGUCCAUCUCCAGAGCCUCAGUCGCUCUCGAGGUGAAUGCCAAACUAGGCCAAGGAUCAAAGCCAGAUCAGAAUCUGCCCAUCAUAUUUGAAGCAGAGUACACAAACACUCCUGGAGGACAAAGCGAUUGGUCCAUCUCUGGAAAUUUAUGGCUGAGGACCAACACGAAUGCGCCACUAACACUUUUCAGCAACUAUGAAGAAUAUCGGAGCCUGUUACCUCUAACGCCAAAUCCGGUACAGGUUUUGGAACUCACAACUCUUUUCGCUUCCAUGAGUGAUGCCGGCAACAUUCCAGACUUGCCAAAAGGUAUUCCCAACGCCAUCACAGCAGCUGGGUUUCGUAUAAACAAAGAGUCCAUCUUCGUCAGCGGCACCAUCAGCGACUGUCGUCAUGUUGUUGAAGGAGGUAAUGCUCCUCCUCUCCGACUUCAGGAGCUCAGUGUCGAAGCACGAUGGAACUGGAAGCAAAAGCAAGUUCAAGUUGAUCUCUAUUUCUGGCUCAGCUUGAAACUUCCCAGCUGGUAUGAUGCCCCUGAGGGCUGUGCAGCGAAUUCCCUCACAGGAAGUGUAUCAUACAAAUCUGGUGGGAAAUGGAAUGUCUCUGCCGAAGUUCGAGAUCUUAAUUUGGGUAUGUUGUAUGACUUCUUUCCCGAAGACGUCAAAGAUACGCUCUUUCAGCUUUUAAAAGGAAUUCGAAUCGUUGACCUUGGGGUCUACUACUAUUCCCAGGGCGCCGGCCAGGGUACGGGGCUCCUUUGCGAGGGAAAAUUGAUGCUAGGAGAUAUUAUGUCACUGCAGCUCAGCUACGAGCGUGACCCCAAUGGUGGAUGGAGAUUCCACGCAAAUCUUGGGCCAGAUGACGAAAUAAUCGAACCAAUUACUCUAGGCCAGAUUAUGAGCAGCUUCGUCGAUUCUUCUGACGCCAGCCUCUGUUCUAGCUUGCCAGACUUUCUCGCUGAUACGGUCAUUAUUGGGGGCACUGAUUCAAACCCCAAACUUGAGUUCACUGUUGAGAAUGACAAAGUGGUUGGUCCCAAAAUGACUGUGACUGCAAGUAUCAUGGGAUUUACGGUCGAGUUUGUCCAAAUUAACUGCUCUUCUCAAAACAAUGGCUCCGAAGACAGUGGAGAGAAAUCAACUUCAGGGGAGAAGCCUGGCAAGAUCUUGAGGCUGUUUAAGGCCGUUUUAACCGAAAUUCCAAUGCCCAAGAGCAUUCCUAUACUCGAUCACAUGGAUCAGCCUUUUGAUGAGCUUGGAUUCUUUUGGAUAAACCAGACAGUUACUAGGGACGAACUCGUUGAACUGGACAAGACUUUGGACAUGCCGGACCCCCCACCAACAAAAGAGCCUGAGACAGCCUCAACUACUGGCAGAGCUCAAACAUCAACUCCUGGCAUGACUGGUGGCUUCCACUUUGUCAUUAUCUCAAAGCAAAAGGUUGUUUUAGACUAUCCCAUUGGGAAACAGAAAAAGGUAGAGGAUACAGAUGACUCUUCAUCAGAGGAUGGACAGGUUAAAGUGCCGGGUGGGGAUAAAAAGCCAUCUGAGCCCUCAAAACAAGAUGAUGGUGAUGACAAGGGCAGUCAGUCAAGCAAGACCAGCUACAAGAAUACCGUCGGUCCGCUCAGUAUCAGCCAGAUAGGUUUCCGCUAUGAGAGCGGCACCCUUGCUAUUCUGAUGGAUGCGACAAUUGCAUUCGGACCGGUGGCCCUGGAUCUCAUCGGUUUCACGCUCGGGCUGCACUUCAAGGAGGCUGACGGCUCGACAAAGAAUCUAAAGAGUCUGAGCUGGAAUGAUGUUGAAGUCUCUAUUAGCGGAGUUGGUGUCAAGUUUGAGCGGCCGCCUUUGACGAUCUCAGGAGCCUUCUUACACGAGAAGACGGUAGAUAGUGACAUUUAUGCCGGUGGUCUGACGGUUGGAUUUACGCCUUGGCUCUUUCAAGCCGCAGGGUUCUAUGGUGUUGUAGGAAAUGUGGAUAAGGCCGAAGCCUUCAAGUGUCUUUUUGCCUACGCCAUGUUGCGUGGACCCAUCAUGAAUAUUGCCGGCUUCGCUGAGAUCUCCGGACUCACGGGUGGUUUUGGCUACAACAUUGAUUUGACACUGCCGACAUUGGAUAAUAUCGUGAGCUUUCCGAUGCUUACUCCGUUAGCGGAAUCUGCUCCGCCAAAAGAGCUGGCGAGGACCUUGAUCCCCGGCGGCGACAAGCCCGGUCCUUUCUUCAACCCACUCAACGGCGCAAUGUUUAUUGCGGCCGGACUUACGGUGACAGCCUUUCAAAUGCUUGAGAUGACGGCUAUCGUCGCCGUGCAAUGGAGUCCGCGAGUCCAACUCGCGCUCCUCGGUCUCGCCAAGUGUGACGUGCCGUCUAUCAAAUCACCAGUUAAGUUCGCCCACAUUGAGCUCGGCAUCAUCGCCACCAUAGACCUGGACGCAGGUAUCAUGAAGGUAGAGGCACAACUCUCACCCAACUCAUGGAUUAUUCACAAGAAUUGUCAUCUUACCGGCGGCUUUGCAAUGUACUACUGGUUCGGUCCCGGUCAAACUGACUGGGUCAUGACGAUAGGUGGCUACCACAGCGCCUUUGUUGUGCCGGCGCAUUACCCCCGACCUGACCGACUACGAAUUAGCUGGUCGAUUGACAGUUCCUUGAGCGUGACGGGUGAAGCUUACUUUGCCGUCACUCCUAAGGUGUGCAUGGGCGGCCUUCACAUCAGGGCUGCUUUGUCUCUUGGUGCCUUAUACGCCUGGUUCGACGCGGCCACCGACUUUCUCAUGACAUACUCUCCAUUCCAUUUCAUCACAGACGUAAAUGUCUCAGUCGGUGUGCGCUUCUCUAUGGACAUCUGGUUUGUCACCGUCCAGAUCGCUGUGGAGAUCGGUGCCCGCCUCUCUCUCAUGGGUCCACCGCUACGAGGUAUUGUUCACGUUGACUUUUGGGUCUUUGGCUUCGAUAUCGCCUUUGGCAAUACAGAUGGGGCAAAUCAGUCUCCCGAUAUCUCAUUCCAGGAUUUCUGGAAGUUGGUCACCCAGGCCGAAAGUAGCUCCUCCGAAAGUGCUGAGGCCGGUGGGAAGGCCGCUCAUCUCUUCUCCUGCAAUAAAGGUCUCCUCGUCCGAGAAACUGGGCAAGAUAACAAACCUGACGACAAAGGUCUCCUCGCAGAAAAAGACAAGGAUGUGAAAGUUAGUGAUACCUGGCUUGUACGCAGCGGCGUGUUCCAGUUCACUAUCGAGUGUCAAUUCGCAGUACAGUCGGUCACAGUCAACAAUAAGAAGGCUCUCGAGCCUCAAAGCGUCACUAUUGAUGAUAUCUAUGCUAAGCCAAUGCGCCUCAGCCAAAAAAUAGAUUCGACACUCUCGGUGACAAUAGAGGGUCCUGACAACUCCAGCAGCGUAUGGAAGGCGACGUCCGCAUGGAAAGACGUUCCUCAAGCCCUCUGGGGACAGUAUAAAGAAUCUGAAGACCCUAAUGUCUCUCAAUCAGGCGGUAACCUCUCCAACCUACUCAACACUGGAGGCAGCAUGUGCCGCCUGUUUAUGGGUGUUAUUAUAGAGGCGCCGAUUCCGCCAGUCUCAUUAGACAACAUGCCCGAGUACUGUGUCGAUGAGGCCAUGAAGAAUGACAUAUUUAAAAUUGGUAGCGAGCCGAAAUUCCCGGAAAAUGUGGAUGAGAGUGUAGCCUUUGCCCCGCUGCCGCGAACCCUAGGCGCAGAAGAUUGGACGGCCUUCGGGGAGGCAUGGAGGGCUUCGCCUAAUCCCAGGUUAGCCGUGGAAAUGUGGGAGGAUAUUUUCAAAACCACAGGACUGGUUAAAACGAAGCCUAAUAACCUUAUCGAAAACAAUGCUGUCUUAUAUUUGUCUGCUCCGUUACUGGGCAAGACCUGGCCUGGAGAAGGAUUGCAAAAGGGCAAUGAAACUGCGCUUUUACUUAAAGAGUAA